AGUGUAAGGUCCUCUAAAAUGGUGGGGCCUUCUGUUCCAGCCCCACAUCACCAUUCAGCUCUGCUGCUUUGUAACGCCUUUAUUGAUUUAGAUUUAUUUAUUUCCAGCCAGUUAACCAAAUAGGGAAUUAAACUGCCAGUCAUGUUGCCGUCGACCCCCAGCAAACAAAUCCGUGUCCCCUGCCAGAUCCUGGACCAGAUCCUGGACCAGCCCCUGGGAGCCUCCACUAGGUGUCCGCAGGCCACGCAGCGCUGCGCGGGCGUCAAGCGUUCAACCGAGCAGCGAAAGGGUUAAACGUAAUCCCUAGUUGGGAAUGGGCGGAGAUUCCAGCUGGGACGCAAACCGGACAGGCAACACUCAAAUCUGGAAAAAGAAAAUCGCUGCUGAAGUCACUCACUAAUCUGUUAUUCUAUAUAUCUGUGUGUGAUUCCUCUCCUGCUUUGCCCCGGCAUAGAUUUGGUUUUGUAUGCGCAUCGGCACCGAGAGGUGCCAUGAAACCGAUGGAGAAGUUUUGGAGUUGGUGUCAGCUAUGGGUGAAGUAGUCAGGACGUGGAAGUCUGUAGAGGCGUCCGAGCAGAGGAACUCAAGGAGCGGAUCCACGGCACCGCGCGCAGCCUUCUGCAUACUUUAAAAAAAAACACCAAUAUGCCUUCACGCGGAUCGUAAGCCGACAAGAAGCGCUGUUCCUGUUGGAGCCGAGAGGGGAUCCGAGUCAGCGGGACUAAAUCCAAUGAGAGGUCUGGUCGGUGAAGCAGUAAACCCGGUGUCAACUGCGAUUACAGAUACAAAUCUGGGAUUUCUCAAAGCGUCGGUGAAAACACGCCGAGUGGCACCAUGUGGAGCCCCGGGACGCUGAUGUGGCGCGCGGCUCUGUGCUGCGUGCUCCUGCACACUGCGAGAGGUCUUAACAUGUGUAUGAGUGGCAGCGCUACGUCCUGUGAAGAAUGCCUCCUGAUUCAUCCCAGUUGCGCCUGGUGCGCACAAGAGGAGUUUGGGAAGGGGCGGUCUCUGACGUUACGGUGCGACUUCAGACAAAACCUGCAGAGGAGAGGCUGCGACGUGCGGCUCAUCGAGUACCCCACCAGCAGCGUCUCGGUCCUGCAGAACAUGCCCCUGAGCUCUAAAGGGUCCGGGUCGACCCAGUACGACGUCGUCCAGAUCAUGCCUCAGAAGAUCUCCGUCAGCCUGCGGCCGGGAGACCAGACGUGGUUUGGGCUGCAGGUGCGGCAGGUGGAGGACUACCCAGUGGAUCUCUACUACCUGAUGGACCUCUCUCUUUCCAUGAAAGACGACCUGGACACCAUCCGCAACUUGGGCACCAAGCUGGCCCUGGAGAUGGGCAAGCUCACCAGCAACUUCAGGCUGGGCUUCGGCUCCUUUGUGGACAAAAACAUGUCCCCCUUCUCCUACACAGCGCCCAAGUACCAGGAGAAUCCAUGCAAUGGAUACAAACUGUUCCCCAACUGUGUCCCCACCUUCGGUUUCCGCCACAUCCUCUCGCUGACGGACAAAGUGGACCGCUUUAACGAGGAGGUGCAGAAGCAGAUGGUGUCUCGCAACCGGGACGCGCCAGAGGGCGGAUUCGACGCCAUCCUGCAGGCUGCUGUUUGUAAGGAGGAGAUAGGCUGGAGGAAAGAGGCCUACCACCUGCUGGUGUUCGCCACAGACGAUGUGCCUCACCUGGCUCUGGACGGCCGGCUGGGAGGCCUCGUCCAGCCCCACGACGGAGAGUGUCACCUCGAUGACAAGCACGAGUACAGCGCUUCCACGAAGAUGGACUAUCCCUCUCUGGCUCUUCUGGGCGAGAAACUGGCUGAAAAUAACAUCUUCCUCAUCUUCGCGGUCACAAAACGGCUGUACGUUAUUUACAAGAAUUUCACAGCACUCAUACCGGGAACGACAGUAGAAAUCUUGGACCAGGACUCUAAGAAUGUAAUUCAGCUGAUCAUCGCCGCUUACAAUAACAUCCGCUCUAAAGUGGAGCUGUCGGUGUGGGAUCACCCAGAGGACAUCAGCCUGUCCUUCACCGCCACCUGCCAGGAUGGAAACCCGCUGCCGGGCCUCAGGAAGUGCGCCGACUUGAAGAUUGGCGACACGGUGUCGUUCAACGUGAGCGUGGAGGCGAGGAGCUGCCCUCCCCGCGGCGCCAACCAGAGCUUCACCAUCAAGCCGGUGGGGUUCAAAGACCGUCUGGAGGUUUCUGUGGAUUAUCAGUGUGACUGCGGCUGCAGCCGGACAGCGCAAACCAACAGCAGCAUCUGCAGCUCCAUAGGUACUUAUAACUGCGGGAUUUGUCACUGUGAGCCGGGCUACUUGGGGGCCCGCUGUGAGUGCCAGGAGGGCGAGGCCAGCAGCAUGUACCUCAGCGCCUGCCGGGAAGCCGAGGGGAAGCAGAUCUGCAGCGGGCGAGGAGAGUGCAGCUGCAACCAGUGUCUGUGCUACGAGUCGGAGUUCGGCAAGAUUUACGGCAGCUACUGCGAGUGUGACGACUUCUCCUGCGCCCGGCACAAAGGCAUCCUCUGCUCAGGUCACGGAGAAUGUCACUGCGGGGAGUGUAAAUGCCACGCCGGCUACAUCGGCGACAACUGCAACUGCUCCACAGAGACGUCGUCCUGCAUCGCCGACGACGGGCAGAUGUGCAGCGGCCGGGGCAGCUGCGCGUGCGGCCGCUGCCAGUGCACCGAGCCGGGGGCCUUUGGGGACACCUGUGAGAAAUGCCCCACCUGCCCCGACGCCUGUGGCACCAAAAGGGAGUGUAUCGAGUGCCGGCUUUUCGACUCAGGACGGCUCGCAGACAACCAGACCUGCCAGCGCCUGUGCAAGGAUGAAAUCAUCACUGUGGAGACCCUCGACACGGAGGACCCCGGCGCUGUGCUUUGUCUGUACAAGACAGACAACGAUUGUGUCAUGAAGUUCACGUAUUCUGAGCACGCCAGCGGGCAAUCCAUCCUCACAGCUCUAAAAGAGCCAGAGUGCGGCGGUGGACCGGACGCUCUGAUGGUGCUGCUCGCCGUGGUCGGCAGCAUCCUGCUGGUGGGAGUGGUGCUGCUCGCCGUCUGGAAGCUGGUGAUCACAGUUCAUGACCGGAGAGAGUUUGCACACUUCCAGAACGCACGCUCACGAGCCCGAUACGAGAUGGCCUCCAACCCUCUGUACAAGCAGCCCGUGUCUACACAUUUCUUAGAAACAGAUUUCAACAUGUAUGAGAAGUCCUUCAACGGAGGGGUCCACUGAUCCCUCAGCACGGGGCGCGGCAGGACCGGUCCGAUGAACAGAUCC